CAGGUCACGAAACACGAAAGUGCGGUCUGAAAGUAAAAGUUCAUCUAUGAUCUAGGGGAUAUGGAGCGUUGGGUCGGCCGUGUAGCACUGGUGACCGGUGCGUCUGUGGGGAUCGGGAAUGCCACAGCCCGUGCACUGGUCCAGCAUGGCAUGAAGGUGGUGGGGUGUGCUCGGGACGUGGACAAAAUACGGGAAACUGCAACCGAGCUGCAGCAGGCAGGUGCUGCAAGACAGCUGUAUCCUGUCCAGUGUGACCUGACAGUGGAAGCUGAGAUCAGAGCCAUGUUUGACAACAUCGAGGCGGAACAUGGCGGCGUGGACGUCUGUAUCAACAACGCCGGUCUGGCCGUGAAGGGCUCUCUGCUGUCUGGUAGUUUUGAGGCAUUCAGAACGAUGACAGAUGUGAACAUCCUGGCGCCCACCCUCUGUUCCCAGCUGGCUGUGCAGCAGAUGAGGAAGCGAGGAGUGGACGAUGGACACAUCAUCACCUUGAACAGCAUGUCUGGUCAUCGUAUAUAUCUGGGCAUGGCAUUUUAUGGUAUGACGAAGUUCGCCAUGACGGCCAUGACUGAAGGACUGAGGAGGGAGUUGAGGGAGAUGAAGUCACACAUCAGAGCGACGUGCAUUUCUCCUGGACUGGUGGAGACAGAGUUUGCCAUACGCAUGAAUAAGGAUGACCCACAAAAGGCUCGAGAUCUUUAUGCCAGCACUCAAUGCAUGCAAGCCAAGGACCUUGCUGAUGCAGUUCUGUAUGUCUUGGGUGCCCCGCCACAUGUGGAGAUUAAUGACAUUUGGAUGAGGCCAACAGAACAGACUACCUAACAGACAAGGAUCUGCCAUAUGGAUGAUAUAUAUGGCUACAUGUAGAUAUCCCCAAACACUUAUGAAGCACAUGUACAUGUAUGUAUGGUGCUAUUGUCCCAUUUGGAAAAAGGGGUCUUUCUUGAUAAUUUACGGACUGUUUUCUGUACUUCUGGGCCUCUACAUGGCCUUGUGGGACACCCUGUGGCUACAGGGCUAUUUUGGGGCUCAGCAGGGCCCCGGGAUUUUUUUUAACUUGGAGUUAAAAGCAAUUGGGACCUGGCAAUAAAUAGACACUGUGAUCUAAUCGUAAAAACACCAAGAGGUACCCCCACAGUAUCCAACAGUCCCCUGGGAAACAUUUGUAUCUUCAGUGCCCGA